AUGAAGCUCACAGGCUAUGAUGCGGACGAGGGGCGACGAUACUAUGUCGACACCAAGGACGGCUCGACUUGGGUGGGCGCUCCAUACGUUGAAUAUGGGAUCUUGAAACCUCUGAGAAGCAGAACGACAGCUCGACAGAAUGACGCGAAAUAUGGGAGAAAGGUGCACAGCUCCACCUCCGAGUCGAGUGUCUCGGGACGGCCUGUUCGUCGUCGCUCCACACGAGACACACGGGUACUUGAUAGGUUGGACAAAGCGCUGCCCUCUACUCGCUCGUCCCCACCUGCACCAGACGAUCGUGAUCCCGAGAAAGCCGCAGUCGAAGAUGGCAAGGAUGUAUGGUCGACUCGUGCCACGAGCACCGCACCGAUUGUUCCCUCAGAAAGCUCCGGCUCGGUGUACAGCCAAUCCAGCUAUCCGCACGACGGUCAGACAACACCCACUGCAACGAUGAGGCAAAGAGCAAGCGCACCUCGCACCACUAGCCCCGCACCAAUCACACCAACGACAAGCUCCGCGUCGAUGUACAGCCAGUCCAGCUACCCGCGCGAUGGUAAUGCCACACCUACGGCCACCGAAAAGCCAGGGGCAGGCGUCGGUCGAUCGCAGACCUUUGAGUUGUGGAAAGCAUGGGACACGCAUGCUGGUGCCAGCGGUGGCUCUAGUGAUCAGGAAGGGAAGGACGGCACAAGGACCGAAAGUGCCCCAAAUCUGGCAAAUCCUAUUCAAGAUGGAAACGAUCUCGCGAGCUCUAGCAAGUAUUCGAAGCAAGAUCUGCCCGACAGUGCAUCAUCCACGGCCGUCAAGCCACUGUUAUCGCAGAACGAGUCAGCAGAUACCAACAGAAAGCGAAAACAUCCAGCUUUUCGCCAAAUUUCUCGACUCAUUGCCCGUGUUCUUUAG